GGACGUGGUCGUCAACCUCAUUUUUCUGCCUGUAACAUAUUCCAUUUGUUGUGUAAAAAUUCUGAAAACUUCUGAUCGAAAGGAAAAAAAGAAAAGGAAAACCCAAAGGAGUUUCGUAAUAUUGGGUAGCAUUUCCAUAUUUGUUUUGUGUUUCCAACUGUGGGUCCUUACAUAAAUUCAGGGUGCUUGCUUUGUAAUGUCAUUUGAUUCUAGUUCUGUCUCUCACUCUAAUUUGUGAUAUGUUAGAUGAUAAUAAUAUAUAAUAGUCAAGGGUUCUAGCAUUCUUCUAGCUCUUCGUUGCUGCGAGAGGGGAGGAAUCUUCUGCCUCGUUCAAUCGGGCAUCACAAUCAAAGGCUGCAAAUGGUCAGUACGCGAGGCAAGAAAAAGACUGCUAGCUCAAAUAAAAUUCUCGAGGAAAAUGACGCAGCUGAAAAUGGUAUAGCUGGUCCACUGACAGUUGAUGUGGAAGAACCCAAGAUGGAUGCUCAAUUAGAAGAUAAAGUAGAACUAACAGUUGAGGAGGCAAUAAAUGAAAAAGAUGAAGAAAUGGAUGGCGGAAAAGAAAGUGAAAAAGUGGCGAAAGUAGACAAUGAUGAUGACAAUACGAUAUGGACAGAAAUGAAUAGUUAUGAUGUGGCAGAACUAGAAAAAAUUGCUACUGAAGAUGAUGAAGUAGAUGAUGAUGAAGAUGUAAUUUGGGAAGAUCAUGAAGAAGACUUUGAAGAGGAGAAUGAAGAAAAUGUUGCUGACGACUAUGAAGUUAGUGAAGAAGAAGCAACAGAAGAAGAAGACGGUGAGGAUGACAUCAGCGAAGAAGAAGCAACAGAAGAAGACAAUGAUGAGGAUGAGAUUAGUGCAGAAGCAGCAAAAGAACAAGAAGUUAAUGAACAAAAUACUCAAGAACAAAAAGAAAUUGCAAAAGGAGAUGGAAGGGAAGCCAAAUCAAAAGAAAAUGGAAAUGAAGCUGAUCGCCAUAAGACAGGGAAAGUGGAAGGAAGUAAGCAUAUCAAGAAAUCCAGUGAAAAAAGCAGAAAGGUGAGAGCAGGGAGGUUGAAGAAAGUGGAAUUAAGAGAUAAACCAGAAUCAUCACGCAAGAGAAAGGUGAAGAAGAGAGUGGACAGCAUGGGUAUGAUUUUCAUGUGCAGUUCUAAGACGAAGGAUGACUGCUACCAGUAUAGGGUUCUUGGCCUGCCAGAAAGCAAGAAAGAUAUUGUGGAAAAAAUUUAUACUGGGAUGCGACUGUUUUUAUAUGAUGUUGAUCGAAAAUUGAUGUACGGGAUCUAUAAAGCAGCGGGACCGGGAGGUUACAACAUCGAACCCAAGGCCUUCAAAUCACAGUUCCCAUCUCAGGUUCGAUUCACUGUUCUGGACGAUUGCUUGCCAUUAGCUGAGGAGAAGUUCAAGAAGGUUAUCAAGGACAACUACUUUACAAAUACCAAAUUUGAUUGCCAACUAAAUUCUGAACAGGUAAGGAAAUUGUGUAAGCUGUUUAUUGCCUCAAGCAAGGGGCAGCGGUCUAAAAAGUUAGGCAGGAGAUGCAAAGCAGAAAAGCACCACCCUGUACUCAGAGAGAGAACUAGAAGGCGAAAAGCUGGUGACGGUAGACGCCUUGCAUUGAGGGAUGAGCUCCUCCGGUACGAUGAAAGCCCUCGUAAGCGCCCGAGGAAGGUAAUUAGCCCAGUGCCACCGCUACGUCAACCGCCACCAUCUAAUGUUCAUGCAUAUGCAUAUGAGAGGACUUCUGACUUGGAUGUUUAUAGAAGAGAUCCAUAUUUAGAGAGGCGCAGUCCUUAUAGAGAUAGACGUGAUCCUCUUUUAGAUCGUCGUGAUCUCUACAGAGAUGGGCGAGAUCCACCUACAGAACGUCAUGAUCAUUACAGAGAUGGGCGUGAUCCAUAUCUGGACCGUCACUAUCGGUACAGAGAUGGUCGAGAUCCAUAUAUAGAGCGUUAUGAUCCUUAUAGAGAUGGCCGAGAUAUACAUUCUGAUCCUUACAGCACUUAUAGAAGGGAUUUGAGGGAUCCAAUCUCUGACGGUCGUGGUGUUUAUAGAGAGGAAAGACGGGUUGAGAACAGUGAUUAUUAUAGGGAGGAAGAACCAUUGGAACGCCGCUCGCAUGCAUUAAGUUUGGAGACAAGGGAUCGCCAUGACAUUGGUAGCCGAGAUUCAUAUGUUUCAUAUCGAGAGCGCCCAUUGUAUACUGAACCUAUCUAUUCUGCAGAAUACCCUUAUCGGGCAGGCUUGGCACGGGAGUACCGGCUCUAGGUUGUUGACUGAUCAUCUUGGGGGGUCCACAGCCUGAGAACCAUUGGAUGCAGAACCUGCUAUUGAUAAUAAAAAGGCAUGGUAUGGUUAAGGAGAGGCUGUAUCAUGAGAGGGUCUCCAGCUGUUUUGAUCGAUCAGGUAUCUAUUGCUCUUGGCAAUGUUAUUUAUGGUUAGGUUCAAUUCGGAAUCUUUGUUGCCGAAGAACUUGUGUUUCCGGUCCAUUUGUGUCUUACCGUGUUCUCUUUGUUCAUCGAAAGCCCCAUAGCCCGUCUUGAACUGGUUUCUUCAGAACCCCAUUCCCCUCAAUUACCAAUAAUGUGUAAUGGGGCUUGUAUUGCUGCAGAUUUUAGUGUAUCUAUCUUUUUCCAACUUUCCUAGUUUAGCUUAAUUUCCCUUGUAUUUCAACUUAUUGCUGGUGUAGCCAUAAUUGUAGUGCUUGUGGAAUUGACACUCACUAAUGUGGUAAAUA